AUGCCCGCGAAGAAGUUGCCCCCCAAAGCGGCCGCACCGGCAGCCAGCACGGUCAGUGCGAAGGAGGCGUUCUGGAACACCCUCGACGAGGAGGAUGCAAAGAUCGCCAAAGCGUGGGACUGCUCGAGCCAGGAGCAUCUCGACAAAGUAAAGGCGAAGAAGAAGGCUGAUGAGCAGAAAGCCAAAACCCAGCAGUACUACGACCUCAAGAAAGCUGAGCGCAACCAGCAGUGGGAGAAGGAAGAACAGAAGAAGCAACGCGAGAAGGCGCGGGAGGAGAGAAAGCAGGAAGAAGAGUUUGAGAAGGUCAAGAAGCGCGCCUUUGCCGAGAAAGUGGUGGAGGCCGUCUGGUACGACGACAACAAGUGCUGGAGAAGUGGCUACGUGGGCUUGGCGAGAUGUUCAAGAAUGUCCCCGAAGGCACAGAUCAGCCCUGGAACGUGGAAGGAGGUCCAGGGGGAGUUCUUCUGCACUUUGUGCGAGAAAAGCCCCAACGGCUCCUCACUUGAGGGGCAUCUCAACAGCGAGGCCCACAAGAAGAAGUUGGCCUGGGCCACGGGCACCGGAUACACGGCGGCGCCGGCCGCCGCAGCCCCAGCCGCGCCCCAGCUCUGCUUGCCGUGCCCGCCAACGCCCGCGGAUCUUCCAUCCUGGCAGCAGAUGGGCCCCGAUGGCCUUGUCCGGUGCCUCCCCUGCGGCAAGGUCGUCGACGACAACCAUUUGAUGACAGGCGACCAUACUCGGCGCUUGACGCAAUUCUUGGAACAGGAGAAGAUCAAGAUCACGGGCUACGCCCCGCCUGCGCUAGAGUACUUGGCCUGGGUCCCCUGCGACGACAACGAUCCCAACAGCGAGCGCUGGAUGAAGUGCCUGCUCUGCAGCAAAUGGGUGCAGGAUGAGACGAGCCACUCGGGCACGCCAAGCAAGCCAGAAGGCUCCAAGGAGCACCAAAAGAACCUGAGGAACUACGACUGGUACAAGGCCACGGUGGUCCAGCAACGCCAGAAGUACCAUCCGGUGGGAGCCGUGUCCAAGGCCGGGCCAAAGGCGCCAGCGAAGGUCCCACCUCCGCCGCCGCCCACCGAUGCCCGCCCGAAGCCAACGCCAGCUCCUUGGGGGCCGCCCAUUACCAAGGCGCCACCCGCAAAGCAGCCGCCACCCUCCAGGCCAUUCCUGGACCCGGAGCCGGACGACGAUGACGUGGAGGAGUGCUGA